UUAUUUUAUGAAAAAUGCUAGUAAAGGUCACUUAAAGUGUAGUCAUCUGGUAGUCAACGAACCAAAGGGCUCCAAAUAUUCAGCAUCUGUUAAAUGGAAUAUACCAGCUGUAGAUAAAGAGUGGAUAUUUUCUUGCGCUCAGUCAGGUAAAAGACUACCCGAGGAAAAUUUUCUGAUAGAGACUUAUUCCAGAACUGUUCAGAAACCAAAAAAGGAAACUCAAGCACCCGAAACUAAACAGUCUAAUAACAUACACAUCUCUGAAGCAGUACAAGCACCUGCAAGUUCGAAAGAUUCUCACAAUAAAAAACAAGCUUCUGAACCAAUAACUUCAAAAGCAACUCCUGGUAAAAAGCACGCUCCUGAGCCAACAAAUUCGAAAGAUUCUCACUGUAAAGAGCAAGCUUCUGAGCCAACAAAUUCGAAAGAUUAUCCCGCUCAAAAGCCAGCCCCUGUGUCAACAAUUUCGAAAGAUUAUCCCGCUCAAAAGCCGGCCCCUGUGUCAACAAUUUCGAAAGAUUCCCACACUAAAAAGUAUGCUUCAGUGUCGACGAGUUCAAAAGGACUGCCCGCUGAUAUUGAUGCAGAUAGCGAUGAAAUAACUUUUAAGGCUAAUCAACAGUCAAACAGCAAAAAUCAAAUCAAAUCUUUGAACGAGAAAACAAAUGUCCAGUCAUCCAAUGAUGAUAAGGUUUUGCGUUCUUCUGGUGAAGGGGAAGAAAAAGUGCCGUCAUCAUCAGCGGAAGAAGUAAGAUCUAAUGUAGUGAAUCCUAUGGAAGGUAUCGUGGAUCGAGUAAGAAGCCGUGCUUUACAAGACAAUCAGCUUGUUAACGUAAGACAGGAACAGACGGACUCACCUCAAAUAAAACCCAAACAUAAUCGUUUACAGGAACUGAAGAAUCCCAAUACACCUGGUCCAGGAACACCGACGAUGGAUACACCCAGUAAAUUCAUGAAACCAGGGAUAGAUUUUAAUCCAAACUAUAGUUUCACAGAUUUAAUGAAGAAAUAUCAGUCCCCUGAAAACAGACGAGAUAGUUUUGAUGAACUAUGUAGUCAAACAUUAAAGGCAGCUGUAGAGAAGAGUGCUAUACCAGUAGAUAGAUGUCCUACACCUCUUGUAUCUAGAAAAGAAUCUAUUCUACCUGCAAUUGUAAGACCGUUGUCAGGAGUAACUAUCUAUGUUAGUAAGAAAUUAUCAGCUAAAAUAUCUCAAUUUCACGACAUAGUCUCAGAACUAGGUGGAGAUUAUCAGUGGAAAUAUACACCUAGCUGUACUCAUGUUAUCUUCCAGGGAAGAGCUAAUGAUGUUAAUAAAGAAUUCCGUAAAGCCAGAGAUGAAAAUAAAUUUAUUGUUUCACCACCCUGGUUACAGGCAUGUCAAGAACAACAGGUUAAAGUUCAGGAGUCUUUGUUUCCUCAUAAUUAUAAUCCUAAACUUAGCUUGAAUGUGAUGUCGAAAUCUACACCAAGAGCUACUCCAGUCCGACCAGCACGACAAGCUGUACGCUCAACACGUACAAAUAAUUCCCAAUCAACAUCUCCUAAACCUGUCCCUAAAUUAAACUUGAAUAAUAUGUUGAGCGAUGCUUUCAGUGGUACUGAUAAUAAAACUUCAAGUGAAAGUGAAAGAGACACAAGAAAAGAUGGCGAUCAUUCAAAGAAAGAGAAGAGUGACAGCGAGAAAGAUGAAACCAAAAACUCAACAGAUACAGAUAGAAGUCCUGUGAUAGGUCGCGAAAAUAAUAAAACGAAAUCGUCAAGUGGAAGCGAUAGCAAUAAAGACAAAACCUCAAAAGAUGUUGACGAUAAACACGAGGAAGUAGAGAAAGAUUCUGGUGGAACUUUAGAAAUGAGAAUGGCUAUAUCCAAACAGUUAGAUGACAUGAUGGCAUCAGCCAAAUCAAAGAAACCAGCAAAAAGAAAAAGUUUAAAACGAUUGAAUUCAAGUGGUCAGUUGAAUUCAUCUGAUAGUCGACCAUCAUCUAGACAGGAAACAUGGGAUAAAAAUCCUGAAAAACGUAAAACAAGAUCUACAGGUGAGUUACAAUAUUGGAGAAAGAGAAGUUAG